AUGCCGGCGAUUUUGCCUUAUGUCGAUCCAGACCCCGGAUCACAGGCAAAAAAGGCCGUUGAGGAUGCUGAAAAGCAUGUUGAAUGGGCAAAAAAGGAUCGAGAGAGCAUGGAAGCCACCUUGAAAAUCGCAUUUGGCAGUGCUUUGCGACAGAUGGGAGUUUCAGAGCCAAAAGAAGACGAGGGACCCGCUUGCAACGUUUGCUUGGAAGGCUACAACAAAGAAGAUCGUCACGAGUGUACUCUUCACUGUGGUCAUCGAUCCUGCCACAAGUGCUUGACCGGUCUUCCUGAGAAGCUUUGCCCAAUCUGCCGCAAGGAAUUCACAAAUGAGCAGAUCAUCAAGCUUUUCUGA